UAAAAAGAAGAAAACUGACUUUGUUGUACUCACGGGACACGAAUUUGCAGCACAUACUCAUCUGAACAUCAUAUAUUAUUGAGUGACAGAACAAUGAAUUCACGAGACCACGUGGUCAUGUGACAUGACAGCGAUAUUAGUGAUAAACAGGGGGACAACACAUCGUAUCACGAGCCUACAAUUUAAAUACAUUCAUUCUAAAACAAAAAGCGUUUGAUCGUCAGACAUCGCCUCUUCUCUCUUCUGUGGCUGUGGAGGGUCCUCCCGCACUGCGAGCGGUGCUGUGCCGAAGCUUUUUUUUAUUUAUCAUCAUAUGCUGCCUGCUUCGCAGCACACCGCAUGAUUUUUUUUUAAAUCACCAUUUUAAGCAGCGCUGACGCAUCAGAGGGCUUCAUGACUGGGACAGUGUGUCGGGGUAUGGUCAGCUCCUGAUGGCCCAUGUCUUCCAAAACCAGAUUUCCUGAUAUUGAUUCUGUGUGUAAUCUGGGACAUGGACAGACGGAGCCCAGGAGACAGACAGGCAGACACCAGUAAGACAGUAACCACUGCAUCGUCAUCAUCUGUCGUCACCAUGGCAACACCCAGUUCCAGCGCCCAGCCGCCCUCUACCUCCCUCAGCAUCAUCCCACCAGACAGACAAGCAGUCCAGGUGAUCCAACAUGCCAUGAACAGACCUCAGAGCAUGGCGGCCCAGUACUUGCAUCAGAUGUACGCAGCCCAGCAGCAGCACUUCAUGCUGCAGACAGCAGCCCUGCAGCAGCACCAGCAUCCCGCACAUCUGCAGAGUCUGGCCGCCAUCCAGCAGGCUUCAGUCUGUCAGAGGUCACCUUCUUCUUCUACAGGCAGUUUGGUUCAGGCUGCGGGUGUUUCCCAAAACUCGAUAACUUUACCAGCAUCUCCAGUGACCGCAAGGCUGAUUGGUCGAACUCAGACAUCCACUGCCAGCGCAGCCACAAUAUCUCAGCAGGCCAUGCUUCUAGGAAACAGACCUGCCAGCUGUAACCAAGCUCAGAUGUACCUUCGAACUCAGAUGCUGAUUCUAACUCCUGCAGCCACAGUAGCUGCAAUUCAGUCAGACCUCCCCACUGUGACCUCCUGCUCCUCAUUACCUACCUCCUCUCAGAAUCUGGCUCUGCGUACCCAUUUGCCGGGAGCUCUGGCUACAGCCCACAGCGUCAUCUUAAAACCUUCCACCGAGUCCCAGGCCCUGCCUGCAGCCACCUCUUUGUCCAAGAAUCCAGUCUGUGGGCUGAAGAGCACCCAACUGACUGAUGGCUCAACAGAAACAGCGCCAUCUGAUGCCACCUCGUUGGUGUCAGGACCCCAGAUUAUAACCCCAGCCUACCCUCCAGUGCAAACCCACACUCUAGUCAAGCAGCAGCUGUCCUGUCCAGUAGGCCAGCAGGUGGCGCACCACCAGCUCAUCGUCCAGCAGGCCACAGGAGGGGCUCCCAGCAGCAGACAGUUGCAACCAAUUGCCCUCAGAGUAGCACCCCGAGAUACCCACUCCAAUCCUCUUCCUCUGUCGGUUAAAAGACUAACCGCCUCCAGCACCCACUCACAACUACGAAACGAGCCCCCAGCCCUGUCUUCUUCUUCCUCCCCAUUAGUCACCAGCAUGCUUGCAUCAUCACCUCAGACUUCAGUCCCAGCUGCUGCCGUUCAGCCUCAGCCACCUCCUCUGGUGGCUGCGCCACAGCGUCGGACCUCAUUCCCACAGAGCCAGCAGCCUCCACCUCCUCCUCCUCCUCUCAUUCUCCCCAGGCUGCCCCAGAACCCCCCGGCCUCCCUUCACAGGGUGUCCCUGCACUCAGUCCGGGCUUUGGCUGUCCAUUCAGGACAGGUACUGCUAACGGAGCGGGAACUGCCUGUGGCGGAGGCUCUGGUCCAGAUGCCCUACCAGAACCUGCCACCUCCUCAAACGGUGGCUGUUGAUCUGAAAGUGCAUCCAGUCAAACACAACGAAACUGCACCCUUGGGGCAAAAGUGCAACGUGAACAGUCUGAGCUCAGAGGAAAGGAAAGAUCCUCCAAGUUCAGAACAAGACGGGACUGCUACACCACCCAAUCAAAAUGGUUCAGCAGUGACGGGUUCAUCCUUCAUCACCCCCAGCCACUGGAGGAGUCCUCCAGUGGAGGAGUCCUCCCAGCUCACGACCACUGACAAUAGCGGCAGUAGUGGCACCAACAACCCUCCUCCUCCACCACCUUCUCCUUUACCUCCUCCCCUCCUCCCUGCUUCAGCAAAAGUCCCCAGCCAGCCUCCUUCUGCCCCUGCAAGUCUCCCAGGAAGCCCCAAGAGGUCAACCCACGUCCUCACACACCUCGUGGAGGGCUUUGUCAUCAAAGAGGGCCUGGAGCCGUUCCCGGUGGGUCGGUCAUCACUGUUAUCGGAGCAGCAGGCUUCCCUUCCAGAACCCCAGGACGUACCGACCAAUGGGGAUGCAGCAGACGACAGUCCUCUGGAUGCUGACCAGUCAGAUUCAUCUGACUCUGAGAUGGAAAAUGACGGCCCUACAGGAGAAGUUGCAGAGCUCGGGGAGAGUGUGCCAGACGUGUUGCAGUGUGAGUACUGUGGAAGCAGCGGCUACGCUUGCACGUUUCUGCGCUCCAAACGCUUCUGCUCCAUGUCGUGUGUCAGAAGGUUCAGUGUGAGCUGCACCAAGCGUAUCGCGGUGCUGCAUGCAGGUCGCUUGGCUCACAGGCCUUUGGGAAGGAGAGGACGACCCCCCAGCCGAGUCAACGGAGCCUCCAGAGAGCACUUUGUGAUGCAGGCCCACAGGUCAUUUGGCUCCAAAGAGACCCAACAGAGUUCACCGAGAGAGGAAGAUGAGCAUCAUGAGGAGGAGGAAGAGGAGGAAGAACCUCCCGUUCCCAUGACGACCAGGCUUCGAAAACAGGCUGAGAGAGCGCAAGAGAGGGUGAGGGAGCAGAGGACCGUAGAAACGAUCAUCGUUUCAGACGCAGAAGAAGACGUCGGCUGUCCGUCUCAGUGGAACGUGGAGCAAGUGUCUUCCUACAUCAGCACCCUGCCAGGUGGUGCUGAUGUGGCCGAGGAGUUUCGCUCCCAAGAAAUAGAUGGGCAGGCUCUGCUGCUUCUCACAGAGGAUCACCUGGUCAGCACCAUGAACCUUAAACUGGGACCCGCACUGAAGCUUUGCGCACACAUCAACUCCCUCAAAGAUGCAUAAACACGUAACAUUCCUCCUCUUAGUGAAUGUAAAGAAAAGCAAGGAUCUCCUCAUCUCUGCAGAGACAAUGAGGAAGUGCUGCUCAUCUUUAAACUGCCUAUUUUUAAACACUGUCACAAAAGAGAGCAGAGCUCGCUGAGUUGAACUGACUGCAGUUUUUUUGUUUUUGUUUGUUUGUUUGUUUGUUUUUAAGACCACUGCCAACUAUUUUUCCGGGUUUUAGCUUUCCAUUACCCAAGGACUCAAAGUCGACUCAGUCUCAGAUGAUUUUACAGUUUUACCUCAGCUGCUCUGGCUCGUUUCUCCUGAUAGUUUCACGUUUACAAGUCUCAGCAGUGCAUAUUUAAGUUUCCCAUAAUCACUCAAAACCAGUUAAACUGCAAAAGGCUAUAUUUGCCAUCUUUUGUAUAUUGAAGGAUUAAAAUGCAACAUUUUAUUACAUUUAAAUACUUAAACCAAAAAGGUACCAUAUAAAAAUCCAACUCUUCGCAACAAACCAGGCAACAGGGGAAGGACUAUUUAUACACACAGGGUAAUAAGGGAAGUGGAGACAGCUGGGGAUAUGAUACACAGGUGCAGAGAAACUAGGUAAUCACUGGGGAGGAGGUAAAACUCAAAGCAACACACAGGAGACCACAAUCUAUGAAAGGUUACUUAUGCUACCAAAAACUUUUAUUUUUUUUGCUGUCAAUAAGUCAAAAUUUGGGAUAUUAUCUUAUUGAAAAUUAUUUUCUCAGAAGUUUGAGUUGAUAAGUUGAAAUUCUGACCUACAGGUGAUUUAAAAAAAAAAAAGUUUUUGUUUUUUUUCACUUUAUUUUUCACCCCAACUUAACACAGACACCAGAAAACUCAUUUGUUACACAAAAGGAACACAAGAGUUUAGAAUAAUGAAGAGAAAAUAACACAGGGACACACACAACCUGAAAGUUCUCAGCUGGGACAGGAAUCAAAUGAGCACCAAAAACAGAUUCAAAAAUAUAACAAAGGAUCAAACUCACAAUAGAACAUGAAGAAAUCCAAACAUGAAUACUGACGUGCUCUAAUGGGUCCUUUCUUCGCUGCCUGGCUCCAUGGAGCCCAAGUGACAUUUGCCAUAGAAACAAACUACUGAGUACAAUUUUUCAGUUACAGCAAUGAAAUUUUGCCUGCUGCAUCAAAUGCUUUGAUUUGCAAUAUCAAAGGUGAAAAACUCCUCUGCAUCUUUCUGUAGUCUGUUGACUUUCACGUGGUCCGAUAUCUUCCUCUGCACUGACGUGGCGCUCAUUUUCUGUGCAUAUCUUCGAGUAUGUUCAGUACUCACGCUACACCUGUGAGAUCAGUGAGAUUUUGACAUUAGACAGAAUAAAACAAACUCCAAGACCAAUAAAUUGUAGUAAAAAUGUCGGGGACUGUGAACUGUGGGAGAUAAAAAGACGUCUCAAAGGAAAUUCAUAUAAAAAAGCCUUCCCAUAAAAAUAGGUUUAAAGGAAGUGGCUGACUCUACUGACAUGAUUUCCUCAGGCAAGGUUAGCGCCUUUGCCCAAGGACCCCGGGUGCAUGCUGGUGCAUAUGGUGCUCAGAGGAUAGAGAUAUAGCCUGGAGCAAGGCCAUGAAGGGCCCUAAAAGUCACCCAUAAAAUCUGUUCUAAAACAAACUAUGAGCUGCUGUAGAACAGCAAAAAACCAGCUAAAACCGGAGUUUCAUUUAGUUCUGAUAAACAGGAGUGAUUUCCCUAAAUGUCCUAAAAUAGUUAAAGAUGUUAACAGACGCUGAGACGGUCAGAUUUCAUUUAUUUUUGAGAUGAGAAGUGAGCCAAAGCAACAAAGAUGAGCAGUUCUUUCUCUCACCGCUUGUCAUUUCGCUGUAGUGAUCGUAGCAGUUCUGACUCGAGUUAUCCAUUUGUUUCAAAAUGGUUUUUAAAUUUAUUUAUUUUUUGUUUGUUUGUAUCAUUUGUAGACAAAGAGAACAAAUGAUGAUCAUUACAUUCGACAAACGCGGUACAAUCUCACUGUUUACAAAGCAGAUUAUUGCCUCCUGUCUUCAAGAUGGAAUUUGAUACGUUCACCAUCAGCAAACGGUUGUGCUGACUUAUGAAAGUUUUACUGACUACAAGGUUAUUUAUUGUUAUUUAUUGUUGUCAUAAUUAAUAUACAAAUAAAACAGUUAGAAAACA